ACGGUAGUUGUUUAAAACAUUAUUAGUUGGCAAAUUGCAGCGCUGGGAAGUACAUUCAGGAAGUAGUUUGCUGCUGUGUUUGAGUGGCAGCCCGUAACGGGACGGCGGACGGUGUUGUGUCGAAAAAGGCACCCCUGCCAUGAAAAGCAUCCCUGUCGUAGGAAGCGAAUUAGAAGGCAGAUAGGCAGCCCGCAAAGCCGAGCCGAUACGCAAGAUGGCAGGUCUAUCUUUAUACUUUGAAGAUGGCCAUGAUGAUCUGGACGACUUUGGAUUUGAUGACUAUGCUACAGAUUGUGACGGCAUCCGUAUCACAGCGUUCCUUGAUGCUGGACAAGACAACCUAACUCCUCUGGGAAGGUUAGAGAAGUACGCCUUCAGCGACAAUACGUUCAACAGGCAGAUCGUGGCACGUGGCCUGCUUGAUGUGCUUCGGGAGUUCAGUGACAAUGAAAAUGACUUUAUCAGUGUCAUGGAGACAAUUGCCAGAAUGUCAGAAGAUGGAGAGCCCACGGUGCGAUCGGAACUGAUGGAACAAGUUCCUAAUAUUGCAAUGUUUUUGCACGAGAGUCGGCCCAAUUUCCCAGCCGCCUUCUCUAGAUACUUGGUACCCAUUGUGGUUCGGUAUCUUACAGACCCAAAUAACCAGGUGCGGAAGACGAGUCAAGCAGCACUUCUUGUUUUGUUGGAGCAGGGUCUCAUCUCUAAAGCGGACAUGGAGAUCAAAGUUUGUCCUGUUUUGCUCGACUUGACAGAACCAAGCAGUGAUGAUGACUACAAAAUUGAGGCAGUUGCUAUCAUGUGCAAAGUCGUCACCAUGUUGAGCAAGGACACAGUGGAGCAUCUGUUGCUGCCACGCUUCUGCGACCUGUGCAGCGAUGCCAGACUCUUCCAAGUACGCAAGGUGUGUGCAGGUAAUUUUGGGGAGUUUUGCUCUAUUGUUGGCCAGGAAGCCACAGAAAAACUUCUGAUGCCCAAGUUUUUCAACCUGUGCUCAGACAGCCUUUGGGGCAUCAGGAAAGCUUGUGCUGAGUGCUUCAUGACGGUUUCAAAUUCCACCUCUCCAGAGGUGCGACGCUCAAAACUGUCCCCCCUGUUCAUCAACCUCAUCAGCGACCAGUCCCGUUGGGUGCGACAGGCUGCCUUUCAGUCUCUGGGGAGAUUUAUCUCCACCUUUGCCAACCCUUCCAGCACAGGCCUUCAUUUCAGGGAAGAUGGUGCUCUUCCAGAGGUCCCCAGGUGUACAUCGGACAGCAACUGCUCUCUAAAUUCCCUGAACUGUGCCGACAUUAGCAGCUGCCACAAAGAGAGAACCAUCACUCACACACUUCCCAACCAGGAUGGCAGGGCCACGCCAUCACCAGAGCAUGUGUCCACGCCAGACUGCGAGGACGUGAACCACUUUGAUGACAGCCAUUUCUCUGUUCCCGCAAAGACGCACAAUAGCUUGACUGUGACGGGUAGCAGCAACACCCACCUGGUUGCAAAUAAUGCUAAAAACACAAAAGAAACGGAGCACACAGACGAGAGCUUUAACUCCUUCCACUACUGGAGAGCGCCUUUACCUGACAUCAGUGAGGAACUGGAGAUGAUCAAUUGUGAGACAUCAGAGGAAGGGACAGAGAAAGAGGCAGGAGAAGAGGAACUUGAAGAAAACUGCCCCGAGUCUAAAUCCAGCCAUGGCAAAGCUACCAGUGAUCAGAUCCAGAAGGUUUUGGACUGUUUGCAACCUCACAUUGAUGAUCCUGAUGUACAAGCUCAAGUUCAAGUAUUAUCAGCAGCUCUGAAGGCCGCCCAACUUGACAGCCCAACAGACAACAGUCCGACUGAACAGCAGCCGGAGGUGCUACUAGAAACCAACCCAGAAAGCCCACUGGUGGAGAAUAAAUCUGUGCAGAUUCAGUCAGAUGACACAGAGGAAACUUCCACAGGCACAGAGGAAACAGUAGAAACGCCUCCAGUUUCAGAACCAUGCCUGGUCCAAGAGCAAGAAGACGAGCAGACACAGACUGAGCCCGAAGAGGAGGAGGAAGAGGAGGAGGAGGAGUCUUCUCCCAACUCUCCAGUUCUGGAGUCUGAAUUAAUAGAAAGUGUGGAGGAGGAGGAAAAGGAUGACUGUCCUCACAGCCCAGUGUCUGAGGACAAGCCGAAGAUCCAGAACAUUAUCCCCCAGCAGCUGUUGGAUCAGUACCUCUCUAUGACGGACCCGGCCCGGGCGCAGACGGUGGAUACGGAGAUAGCCAAACACUGUGCCUUCAGCCUGCCCGGUGUGGCGCUCACUCUUGGUCGACAGAACUGGCAUUGCCUCAAGGACACGUAUGAAACGCUCGCCAGUGACGUGCAGUGGAAGGUGCGGCGUACUUUGGCAUUCUCGAUCCAUGAGCUGGCGGUGAUUCUCGGAGAUCAGCUGACAGCGGCUGAUCUGGUUCCCAUCUUCAACGGGUUCCUCAAAGACCUGGACGAGGUUCGCAUCGGGGUGCUCAAACAUCUGUAUGACUUUCUGAAGCUACUGCACGCAGACAAGAGGAGGGAGUAUCUGUACCAGCUGCAGGAGUUCAUGGUGACAGACAACAGUCGCAACUGGAGAUUCAGAUAUGAGCUGGCAGAACAGCUGAUCUUAAUCAUAGAGUUGUACAGCCACUACGACGUCUACGACUACCUCAGACAAAUAGCACUCACUCUUUGCUCUGACAAGGUGUCAGAGGUCAGGUGGAUCUCCUAUAAACUGGUAGUAGAGAUCCUCCAGAAACUGUAUGCAUGCGGGGCCGAUGACCUGGGUCAGAACUUCAUCAACGAACUCACAGUCAGGUUCUGCCACUGUCCCAAGUGGGUGGGGAGGCAGGCGUUUGCUUUUAUCUGCCAGGCCAUUGUGGAGGAGGACUGCAUGCCCAUGGAUCAGUUCAGCCAGCACCUCCUGCCCAGCCUGCUCAGCCUGUCCUCUGACCCAGUGGCCAACGUCCGUGUUCUGGUGGCCAAGGCUUUAAGGCAGAGCGUGAUGGAGAAAGCUUACUUUAAGGAGCCCGGCUGUCCCUACUCUGACGAGUUGGAAGAGACCGUCAUGGCUCUGCAGUCCGACAAGGACCGGGAUGUCCGAUUCUUCGCCAGCCUGGACCCAAACAAAGGCUUGAUGGACACGGCUCCUUUGAUCUAACCUCACUUCCCUUCAAACUGCGUCGCAGCCCACCUGCCUGUCUUACCUGUCUGCCUGACCGACGCACAGUCAGCAUACCCUUCGACACCAGCACCCGACCAGGUCCCAAACCACUCGCCUGUUGGCCAGAUCUGACCACUUUCUGAAUCAGGACCGAUGUUCAGAUUGAGACUUAGAAAGAUGACGCAUGCUCGACGACACAGACCCGUCUCUGGUUGGGCAACACGAAGCGCACAUUCAAAUGAAAACAAGCGUACUUCUCAGAGUUUUUGGAGAAACAAACUGGACUCAGGUGGCUGCCUUUGCUCUUUCCCCACCCUGAUCCACACUAACACCACCUUAAACACAGACUAAUGAACUAAAGUCAAGCUUACCUUCUCCAAAGCGAUUUCUAAGCUUGAUCUGAUUCAAAUGCGAUUUUUAUUUUUAUUUUGUUUUUCCUCAAUGCUUCUUCAUGUGAGUUUCUCUACAAACAAGUGGGCCGAGGCCUGCCUGACUCUGCGUGCACUAACUCAGGGGGACUUUUCUGAACCUGAACAGCAUUAUGAAGCUUACAGCUGGAGGCCUGAUGGAAAUCCUCUAGCUGUCUCAGCAGCCAAAACAAGUAGCUCUGCUGGUUACUCGCCUCUUCUCCUCCUAAAGCUUGUCUCAGAUGUCCCUUUGUCCUCCAAGCGGUCCCCUAGGUUAUCAUCUGUUUCCUCCUUCUCAUAUCACUUCCCCGCGUUCAUGGGUCACAGAAACCACUAACUACGGCACAAGAAAAGCAGUGAUUGUGCCACUCGGCAUGAUUCAAACCGCUCUCUGUGGCUGUUACCAACACCGUGGCACAGUUUCUCUCCCACAUGGCAGAAAUACCUCUGUUUGGAUGCGGGAGAAACGGGAUCUGAAUGUCCUCGGGUAUAUCCUUGUUUUUUUUUUUGUUUUUUUUUUUUUCUGAAUUCUUGGUGUUGAUGAAAUUACAACAAGGGCUCACGGUGAAGUGGCACAUGGUGACUCCACACUCAGAGAGAAGAGGAAGAAAACAAGCGCACUGUUGGACGACGCAUGUGUCCCCUCAUGUCACGUCUGUCUCAUGAUUGCUUUCGGUGAAUCUGACUGAAUGGUUGUACAGGAGAAAAUAGUGUUAGGAGCCAGAAAGCAGCCUCAUCAGAUUUCCUUGUUUUGGUCGGGUGAUUAUGGGGUUUCUCCAAGUUUUCACAUCUUUCUGUACAGUGUGAAAGGAAAUAAGUAUGUUAACGGAACCAAGGCCAGUUUAGCCGAGAUGUGUGUGAAUAUUGGGAGCAGUCACCAAGUCACUUUUUUUGCAGUCUCUUGAGCUCAGUUGUUCUGUUGUAAAUUGUUUCCCCCUCUUUUUUUUUUUCCUUGAAUGAGCAUAUUUGGAAAACUAGAGCUGAUUGUGGUUCAAACUGUGCAUCUCGGGUCUUUCUUCCUUUGAAAGGAGAGCUCACCGCAGUAAUGGCGGUGUCGACUCAUCUCGUCUGUCUGCAUUUUGUGUCUCAUCUCAUUUUUUUUAAUGUAGUAGAACAGUUAAUAUAUACAUUUUAUGGAAUUUAUUUUUCUUUUUCAAUUAUGCACCACAGUUCAAAGAUUUUAUAUCCUAACUUUACAAGAUUUACAACCUUUGUAAUAUUCAAUGGUUUCUUUUAAAAAGACAUUUUAUGUAAUGUUAUUUUUAGUAUUCUGUAAUUAAAAUGAUGAAAAAUA